AUGUCUUGGAAGAGGUUACCAAAUAUUAAAAGUAGAGUGAAUACAAGGAAAACGGGGCAAAAACCAUCACAGCAGUUGGCUCUAAAGGACGGCAAAGAGGUUCUCGGCAUCUGUGAGGUGGUCAGUGGAGCCAUAGUCCGUGCAGCCCAGAAACUGAAGGAGUAUCUUGGAUUUGAAGACACGCUGAGCAAUCUGUGCCCAGCUCCAAACACUCUCAAUGAGAUCUUCUUAAUCCACUUCGUCACUUUCUGCCAAGAAAAAGGCGUUGACAACUGGCUUACUACCACCAAGAUGACCAAGCACCAAGCCUUACUGUUCGGGGCGGACUGGAUUUGGACCUUUUCGGGAUCCGAUAAGCAAAUAAGGCUCCAGCUGGCAGUACAGACUCUACAGAUGUCUUCUCUUCCUCCCGUGGAAUCUGAGCCUUGUGACCCCUCCCAUCCAGAAUCCAGGGCGGAGGGGUCUUUCAGCAAUAGAAGUAGGUUUGAUAAGCUGGAAGAAUUCUGUAACUUGAUAGGAGAUUGUCUGGGCCUGUUUAUCAUCUUUGGUGUGCCAGGAAAGCCUAAAGACAUCAGAGGAGUUGUCCUGGACAGUAUCAAACGUGAGACAGUGAGGGGCCAUCUGCCGGGAGGGACGGCCGUGGCACGAUUCAUCCUGGAAACUGAAGAUUGUGUCUCCAUCAGGGAACUGCUUGGAAACUGUCUGAGUAAGAAAGACGGGCUGAAAGGUGGGCAAGGUUUAUAUUAGCAUCCUCUGAACUGCCUAUGUGAGAUGAGACUGGCCUGUAAGAUAAAAAGGAAAAAAAUAU